CCGCUUCACUCAUCCCGCCUUCACUGCUCCAUCUCAGCCAAUUGCACAAAUGAUGGACCCAUGAACACUCCUUUCAACGCUCAUUACAGAAUUACUGGAGCAUAUGGAGCAUCUCAGCCUCCAUGAUGCUGGUGCUGGCCCACCACCGGGCCAGCACCCGCCUGGACCGCCACAUAUGAGCCAACAGCCACAAGGUCCAAUGCCUACUCCACCUCCACAAAUGAUGCCUCCAGGUCCCGGCCAGCAGCAGAUGGGUAUGGGUCCUCCUGGCGCUCCUGUAGUGGCACAACUACCGCCACAGAUGUUCACGACUGCCGCCCAACUACUGGAUCUUACGGACAAGAAACUGAUGGUUGCGCUAAGAGAUGGGCGGAAACUUAUCGGUGUAUUAAGAAGCUGGGACCAGUUUGGCAACCUUGUUUUGCAGGACACGGUCGAAAGACUGUUCGUGCAGAAUGUGUAUGCGGAUAUCGAUCGAGGUUUAUUCCUGGUACGAGGGGAGAACGUGAGCUUGCUUGGGGAGAUCGACCUGGACAAGGACGAUUACAUCCCGGAACCUUAUCAGCUUGCGUCGGUCGAGAAGGUCUUUGCAUUGAAGAAGGCCGAGGAUGCAGAACGCAAGAAGACCGACAAGACGAAGCAGAAGCGACUCGCCGACUUAGGCUUUGAAGUGGAGCAUAGCGGCGAGGCUAUCAUAUGAGUAUCCAUGGCACUGGUUACGGAAGGGGCGAGAAAGCGCUACCAACAUGCUAUGGACACAAAAUUGUAGCAGAUGACCCCGUCGCGGCGAAAGGGGAUGGUGAAAUGCGGGCAGUCGCCCCUCCUGGAUGCGCGACGAUGAUCGGUAUCUCCAGAAGUCCUAUACGUCUUGAACAUGCAGACGUUUCUCGAGGAUGCCAUUCUCCACGCAAUUACGAAAGCCUCAGAAAGUCCGGUCGUCGAUUGCAGCUGCUGCAUCGAAGCGCAUUGUCUGGACCUGCCGUGUACCACGUAGCGCCUUCCUCUCCCUCCUCCAAGGCGAUGCGGCGGCGGC